AUGCCUCAGUCGUCUGCGCGCGAGUCAUCCAGGCGAUGCAGCACGUCGCGCUCCGAAUCGCAACCCCACCAGCGCCGGGAGAAGGCCAGAAGCAGCCAGAGUUACGAUCAGUACUACAGCCAGCACCAACACAGGACAAAUGCCGGCGGAGGAGAAAGAGGAGGAGGAGGAGGAGGAGGUUUCUUCGGCGACGAAGCAGCGGACGCCCAGCUGCAGCGGCCACGCGUGAAGAGUCGGACUAGAAGUUCCCCCCUGGUCGCCGUAGCCCAGCAGCACACGCGCCUCCACGCCGGGCACGAGCUGUGGAGCCAGGAGUCGUCCGACCAGGUCCAUGCUGCUGGAAAGCGAAGCGAUGAGUCGCAUCCCCAAACACCCUCUGCGACAAACACUUCUUCCCAUGCCCGCCGCCCCGCCCCUCACCACGUCGAUUCCGCUGCGCACCACGACGACGGGGCUGUCGGCGCCGCGGGAACAACGCGAGGGCCUUUCCCACAGCCCUCUGCCAGACCCGAGGUAUGUACGAGCGCGAUGCAUCGUGGACUGACAGGCAUCAUCGGAGGUUAUGGUCGGACCGUGCUGGAAUACCUCACAUGCUCGCUCCAAAUCCACCGAUUGCUACCCACAAAACAGUGUUACAUUAUUGACGCGCGUUUGUAGCUGCUCGAACCGCUGCCCGAGAUCAAUAUCGCCAUCAUCGGCGCCCAAGGCGUUGGCAAGUCCACGUUCGUUCAGAAGGCUCUCGAUCUCCCUGCACGCCCUCAGACGCACGCCGCCGAAUGCACGAUCCCGAUCCAUGGCACCUUCUACCUAGUCCGUUUGCUCGAGCUGCCGCUGGAAGAUAUUGAUAUAGACGACGAUGAGACGAUCAACUGGCCUGACAACAUUGAGAAUAAGAUGCUACCGAGGGUGGAUGGCGCAUUAGCUCUAUACGACGUGCAGGAUAAGAGGAGCGUGGAAGACCUCCCUGGGAUGCUAAGUGAGUGGUGCUCGCGUACGCCCGUAUUGGUGGAGACGAUGGGACAGUACUUACUAACAAUGCGUCGCCAACAGAUGCAGUCACGAAAGCUUCACUGCCUACAUUUCUCGUCUCAACCAAGUGUGAUACUCCAGCUCCAGAACGUGAAGUUGAUCCUACCGUGGUCGAACAGAACGCGAAGCGAGCAAUCAGCAGUAUCACUACCCUCCAAACCUCCUAUCUCAAUCCGGGGAGCCACAAGCGUGGCAUUUUCAUGCUCUUGAGCACCAUUGUCAACAGCCAUCCGGACCAACGUUUUCGAAGCUCAUCGGCGCACCGGCGCAGAGCUCAAUCGACGGCCGUAAGGCCAGUGUCACCACGCCACCCUAGUCCCUUUGGACACAACCGCGCGAGUUCUGAGUGGACAGCGGGACGCCAGAAGGACCAGAGACACAGCCGACACGACUCUACCAUCGCGGGCCACGGCUCACACGAUCGUCUCCGUGUACCGCUAGAACACGAAUCAAUGCAAACCUCAUUCCUACUCGAGGAAUCUGCGAGCGCUUCGCCCGCAUCCUCCCGCUCAUCAAUUAGCGGCGACGUGUGUCAAGUGCUGCCCGGAGCCAACUCAACCUCUUCAAGUCUUACGGAGAGCGGCGCAACCUUUAACGAACUGGUCGAUCGACUACUAUUGCAACCUGCGUCGAAGACAGAUCUGAAAUUCGCCGCGAUUUUCCUCGCGUUAUACAGAAAUUUUGCGGCUCCUGGAAAGCUCUUGGAGGCCAUCGUCGAGCGCUUUGACUUGCUCGAACGCAACGGGUGUCCACAGAUCCUGAAGACACAGACCCAGUUGCGCUACGUGGGCAUCGUCGAGCAGUGGGUGGGAUGGUAUCCGGGCGAUUUUGCGUUCCCCCGGACCAGGCGGCGGCUACGGACGUUUGUCACGAAGCUUGCGGAGCUACGAAUCUUUGCUCAGGCCGCGAAAGAAAUCAACAUCGAUCUCGAGGCAGUACGCGAAGACGACGAUACCAACUGGGCGUACUGCGAUCGUGACCGGGAGGCGUCUGCAGACCAUGCGCGAAGUUCGAUGUCAUCAACAGCGAGCACUCUGAUCGAUGACCCAAUGUUUUCCAUGGAGAAAGAGCUAAGUGGGACAACAUUGAACGAGGAGGCACCGGAACACCUACCGAAAUAUGCGAAUCAAAUGAUCGCUCACGUCGAGCACGCCCAAAAGCAGGCGCAAUCAUUGCAAGCCAUCCCUCGAAAUCCCAUCACCAAAAUACAAUGGCGAACGCUGUAUGAACAACCGGACGAGCUCAUCGCUAGAGAGCUCACGAGAAUGGACUGGAUCAUGUUCUCAUCAAUACGACCACGCGAUCUCGUACGACACGUCUCGCUACCCAAAGAUCAACGAGCAUCGUGCAAGAAUCUCGCCCAUGUCAACCGCAUGAUUGAACACUUCAAUCAACUAGCCAGCUGGGUAGGAAACUACGUUGUCCUUCGGGACAAGCCGAAGCACCGAGCCCUCAUGCUGGAGAAGUUCAUGCGUAUUGCGCGCAAACUUCGAGAUCUCAACAACUACAACGCCCUCGGGGCCAUCAUUGCUGGCGUGAAAUCCACCGCCGUACACCGCCUGGUCGCAACUCGCGAACUACUCCCCCAAGCCAUCGGACGAGACUGGAUGAAACUCGAAAUCCUCAUGUCAGCUUCAAGAUCCCACUUCGCAUACCGACUCGCAUGGGAGAACAGUUCCAGCGAGAGGAUACCGUACUUACCUCUCCAUCGAAGGGAUCUGGCGACAGCCGAGGAAGGCAACAAGACAUUCUUGGACCGUGAGGGAGAGCGGAUCAAUUGGAAGAAAUUCGAAAUCAUGGGAGAUGUGAUUGUGGGGAUGCAGAGGGCACAGGGGAUGCCGUAUAAGAGUCUGGGCGAGCCGAAGGGGAACGAGACGAUUCGGGAAUUGGUGUUGGACGUGAAGCUCAUCAAGGACGAGGAGGUAAGUUUUGGUGACCCAACCUGACCUACGGGGUUUUCAACUUUUUGAGAGAAGAGGUGAUAUUGACUCGACUGUGUUUACAGGACUUGUAUGACCGCAGCGUACAGUUGGAACCUGCUGCGGGCACGGCUAAUGGGGCUUCGGCGAAGUUUAAGGAGUUCUUCAAGAGAUAA